ACGAUUGUGUUACAGAGGAAUGAAGUUCCUGUUUCGCCAACCGUCGUCUGAUCUGUUAUUUAAUUGUCAAUCGUUAACCAGCGUCUUCCAAACAGCGUGUCAAGCACACAGACUCGGUCGUCGGUGAUGCACUGCACCUGCUGCUGCUGAACCGCUGCUGUUUGUCGCCGCAGACGCCGCCACCUAUCCCGGUUCUUGCCCGGCGAUUUUUCGUCAGUGAAAUCGAUUCACCCUAAUGGCCGCCAACAAUUAUUUCGGAUUCACUCACGGAGGCACCCAAUACGCUACUGCAACUGGAUAUCAGCCUCCCCCACAAGCUGGAUAUGCCGUACCACCGGCUACUUAUACAACUCCACGAGCUGCUGCAACUGCAUAUGAUGUAGCAUCCUAUCAAACAGCUGCUGCGACACAAUCUGCUUAUGCAAAAGCAGCUUACAAUAGUGCAGCAUAUGAUACCAGACAAAACGCUUAUGCACAACAAGCCUACCCCACUCAGCCACAAUAUGCACCAUACCAAGCCGUUACUACAUACACUACAGGAGUUGUUCCAAAGAAACAAUGUCAAGCUAAUGCAGCUGCAUAUGCUACUAGUUCUGCCAUGCAACAAAAAGUCACAUAUCCAAUCCAGUCUGCAGCCGUUGCCCCUAACCAGACUACAAAUAAAGCACCUGCUGUUCCAGGAUAUGAAGCCGUCUACUCUAAUACAAAUUUUCCUACCCAAAAUCAAAAUCAAAUACGACCUAAUAAUGCACAAAAAAGACAGAACUGGUUUAAAAAAAGUACUACUGGUUUUUCUGGAGGUGCUAAAGGUGGCAAUAGGCUAGGUUUUGCAAGCCGAUCUCAGGAAAUUCAUUAUUGCGAAGUCUGCCGUAUUAGCUGUGCUGGAACUCAAACUUAUAAAGAACAUCUUGAUGGCCAAAAACAUAAGAAGCGUGAAGCUAAUUCAAAGUUGUCCACUGUAAAUGUUAACAAACCUUCAAAUAAUCCAGCCACGAAAGUGUUUCACUGUGAUCUCUGCGAUAUUUCUUGUACAGGUGCUGAUUCAUAUGCAGCACAUUUAAGGGGUUCAAAACAUCAGAAAGUUCACAACUUGCAUACAAAACUUGGUAAACCAAUUCCACCACCUAAUACUGACACUGUAGUUGUUACUAAAUCUGCUACACCCAAAGUGAAUUUUAUUGCAGCUGGAAAAUUGGGGACAGUUGUUCCAAAAAUUGAAGCUAAUGUUUCUCCAGUCGUUACCGUUAAAACUGAAACUAAAAGUCUACCUCCUGUUAUAACUCCUAUUAUAACAGGAGAAACUGAUGUUUUACUGGUUGGAAUGGAAUACAUAGAAGAAAUAAAAGAUGAGACCGGUAAAAUGGUGAGUUUCAACUGUAAAUUAUGUGAGUGCAAAUUUAACGAUCCCAAUGCUAAAGAAAUGCAUAUGAAAGGUCGAAGACAUAGACUUUCUUACAAGAAAAAAGUGGAUCCUAGUUUAAUAGUAGAAUUAAAGCCUAGUUGGUUUGAAGCUCGUAGAAUGCAAAAAGACAAGCAACAUGAUGGUACUAGAGUAAGAGAUGACAGGUCUAACUUUUGGGCUGAUCGUUUUAUGGAUAUGGAAGAUAGAUUUUCAUGGGAAGAUCGGAGACGCUAUCAAGAAGAAGUUGAGUAUUACGAUUGGUAUAGGUCUGUUGGACCAAGAAACAUGAGUAUGGGACCUCCACCACUGUUUGGUCCACCAGCAAUGAUUGGUGCUCGACCACCCCCUCCUCAUAUGAUGAAGUUUGGGAUUGGAAUGAGACCUCAAAUGCAUAAUUCAAUGCGUCGCUACGAUACUGUUGAUGAUAAACAUAUUAUGGCCAAGCACUCAAGUCUUUUCCCUAAGCAAAAUUCCUUAAAAACUUUACAAAAAGCCAUUUCAGACACAGAAAAAGCACUGAAACUUGCUGCUGAAGAAUUGGUGAAAACUGUUACAGAAGUAGUUGUUCCAGUCCCUGAAACAGAAAUUGUAAGUGAGAGUACAGAAGUAAAAAAAGAACCAACAAAAAAGGCAACAACUGCAAAAGAAGAUGGCCGAGAUGGCUCAAUGUUUACUUUUACUACUGAAAAAGAUGAUACUAAAAUAAUAAAGACAAUGACUGGUUCUAUGCGUGUUGGAGCACUUUCCAAAGGGUUAUUAUUAGUUAAUGAAAAUGAGGUAGACUUAGUAAUCAUAUGUUCUGUACCUCCAACUGUAGCAUUAUUAAACUCAGUUGUCACUAUUUUACCAGAAAAAUUGAAGAUAGUUGCUAAGGAUGAUACAUAUACUGUGAAUAAAGAUGAAGCAACAGCAAAAUUAACAGUUGAGAUCAUUUCAGAUGAAGAAAAAUAUGUUGUUAAUGUCACCCUUACCUCACCUUCUAUAAGAGAGGCUAUUUUGAGUGCAGCUGAAGGAGAAAGCCAACAGACGGAACCAGUGGCCAUUGUGCCUGGCGAACACGUUUUGGACAAGACAAAAUGUUUGGAAGCAUUGGCUGCCAUCAGGCAUGCCAAAUGGUUUCAGGCUAGAUUGGCUGUAAUUGCUAAUGGACCUUUGAUCAUACGUAUUUUAAAAGACUUCAUCAUGCGAGAACCUAAAUGGCAUCCUUUCACCUCAUGGAUGUUGGAACUGUUUGUUGAACGUGUUUUAACUAGUGCCUUUCCUCCCAACUCACUCAAUGCUGCUGCUGGUUUGAGCCCCGCUGAAUCAUUGAGGCGUUUCUUAGAAUCAAUUGCUAGUGGUGCCUUAUUGCCAGGGGCAACUGGUAUCCAUUUAGUUGACCCAUGUGAAAAAGAUCCUGUUGAUGCUUUGGCAUCACUUACAGUGCAACAACGAGAGGACAUAACACUGUCUGCUCAGAAUGCGUUGCGAUUGCUAACCUUCAGACAAGUGAAUAAAGUACUUGGAAUGGAAAUGCUUCCAAUUAAACAACAACGUUUUACUCGCAAGCGACGUCGAGAAGGUUCAACUAGUGAAGGAAAUGAAACAGAAGAUGUUGGUGAAAAUAAGAAGAAAGACAAAAAAGAAGAUGACAGUAUAAGUCAGAAUCAGACAAAUGAUACCAUUGAUACUGCCGAUGAAAUUUCAAAUGGUGUAGUGGCUAAAAUGGAAACUGAGAAGAUUGAUACUAAAUAGUGUGUAAAAAAA